GUUGUCCUGAUCUCAGUGCGUUACACCAUCUUUCUGUCGUCAGAUGGUCACUCCAUGCCCGCAACAACAACAAAAUAUACUUGAGGAAUUCAUUUUUUUCUUUACUUCUGACUAUCGGUCCGAAAUCUACCAUGAAUACUAUUCGCGAGAUCAAUCGGAUUAACGAGCGCGAACUCGAACUUGGAGUAAAAGGCUCUUGGCACGACGAAUACAAGGAUUCGGCGUAUAUCUAUGUGGGCGGGUUGCCAUUCGAAUUGACUGAGGGUGACCUCAUCACGAUCUUCUCUCAGUGGGGUGAGAUUAUGGACGUCAAUCUCGUGCGAGAUAAGGAAACAGGCAAAUCCCGCGGUUUUGGAUUUUUGAUGUAUGAAGAUCAACGGAGCACAGUGUUGGCUGUUGACAAUAUGAACGGCACUCAAGUUAUCGGUCGUACGCUUAAAGUGGAUCAUACAAGAAAUUAUAGGCAACAGGGCAAGAGGAAUGAGAAUGGCGAAUAUGAAGAGCCAGAGGAACCUAUCUACAACGCUAUGCCUCCCAUUCUGUCUGGUUCCGAAUCUUCUUCCUCUGAAGGCGAGCAAGACGAUCUUGACGAAGAAGACCCUAUGGCAGCAUUCAUCCGCGCGGAGAAGAAGAAGGGAGCCAAGAAUAUUAAAGGCAACGAUGAUGAUGGAAAGAAGCGUAAACAUGAGGGAGAAACGAAAGAAGAGAGACGGGCUCGAAAAGAAGCCAAGAGAGCCAAAAAGGCUGUGAAGGAGGAGAAGAAAAGAAUAAAGAAGGACGUGAGAGAAGGGAACGGAAGUGAGCGUCCGAAGAGUGUGAAAAGCGAGAGGGACGAGAGGAAUGGUCGUAGCAAGGAUCGAGAAGAUUCAUUCUGGAGCCGUGGAAAAAAUGCGGCCGGUCGAGAUGAUUGGCGUCAAGGCAAGUGGGAAUUGGAGAGAGAGGAAGAAUACAGAGAGAAAAGGGACGAACGUCCAAGAGAGCGGGAUGGUGAUGUGGUGAAAGAUUUGAUGGGAAACGAUCUCGACCGAACUAGGGGAAACGGUGACGGGGGCUCUGGCCGAGAAAGAGAGCUUGAAGGAAAACCCAGAAAUCGAGGUUACCGACGGGAGGAUGAUCGAAGAUGGCAUGAUGACCGUAGAAAGGAUGAUAGGGAUCGGGACAGGGCAUAUAACCAAAGAGACGAUAGGGAUAGGGAUCAUGACCGAGGGGAUUAUGGCAGAAGAAACGACAGGGAACGCGAUAUGAGAUACUGAGCAUACA